AUGGCGUCUACUUUUAUCCCAAUUGAAGAGUAUAAUGGAGAACAAAAAGACUUUUCUCUACACGAUAGAGAGCAAGUAACAAUGAUAGCGUGUUCACCCAAUUUUAAAUAUAUUGCGACAUGGAGUGACAUGAAUAAAUCGGCAGUUUUUUGGAGUAUUCCUGAUAAAUUUGAUAAAUUUGAUAAUCAACAGCAAUUGAAACCUAAAUAUAAGAUUUUAUUAGGAAAUUAUAAAAAUUAUAAUAAAUAUAAAGUUUAUUCGAAUAGUGACAUUGAACCUUUUAGUAACGAUAAAACUUUUGGUGACAUUAAAAAUUAUUUUACUGUUUCUGAUGAUGAGUUUGUUGCGAUGCCAAUUGAGAGAGUUGAAAUUGAGAGAGUUAGAAUUGAGAGAGUUGAAGUUAAGAGAGAUGAAACUGAGAGUGAUAAGAUUGAGAGAGUUAAAAGUAAAGUUGUUUCAAAAACUGAAGAGAAAUAUUGUUUAAAGGCUGUGAAAAAAAAUGCUUCAAGAGUUCAAAUAGGAAUUUUCAAUUUUGUAAACGGAGAAUACCUUUCUUUAAAUAUUCCGCAUUCUGAAAUUAUGGUUGAAUCCCUAGCUUUUUUAGAUGGAAAUAAAUUAGUUAUGAUCAGCAAAGAUCCAUUGUAUAGAAUAUAUAUCUUCACUCAUGAAAAAAAUAAAUUUAUUCACAAAUCAACGAUAAAAGUGGAAUCAUAUAAUGAAAAAAUUUUCUUAUCUAAUGAAAAACUGUUUAUAUAUGAUAAAAAUUUAGGAAGUAUUACUAAAUGGGAUAUUGACACCUUAAAAUUUGAAGAAUACUUUUUAUUUGAUAAUAGUUUUGACGUUGAUAAUAUGAAACUGAGUGAAAAUGGAGUACUGUUAUUUGUAUAUGGGACAAAACGUAUGGGUAAUUUACAUAAAGAUCCUUAUCCUUGUAUAAGUGUCUAUUCUGCUGAUCAUGGAAAUAAGUUUACAACAUAUACAUAUGAAAAAUCAUGUAUUAUCGAUACAGUCUAUCUGAUUGCUUCUGAUAUUGGAGCGCGACUUCUUAUAGUUUUCCACAAGAACGACGACCAAUAUCAUUAUUCUAUAUGUGAUCCAUUCACUCCACGUAUUCCAGGUGAAAGUUAUGUAAAUGCUAAUUAUCUAUUCAAGGAUUUUGAAGCAGAGCGUGAUAAAAAUUUUGAAUAUAACCAUAUUGUAAAAUCUGAUAAAAUUGUGGGCUUUAAUUCGAAUGGAACUUUAGUAAUUAAAAAAUUAAUACCUGAUAAAUCUGAUACUUGGAUCUCCUAUUUAAGAGAAACAUUGAAUGAUUCCAACAGUAUUUUCAUAUCAUCAGAUAGUGAAAAAAUCAAAGAUUUAAUUAGACGUGCAGAUGACAAAAGUAAAGAAACAACUGACAAGACAGUUAUUGAUAAAAGUAAAAAAAUGGUUGGCAAGUCAACUAAGGAUAUUGGUAAAAGUGAAGAAACAACUGCCGAAGUUGAAAAGACAUAUUCAAAAUAUUUUAUAUCUUGGACUUUAAAGUAUGAAAAUAAUAAUAAACAUAUUAUACUUACGGCAAAAUUUAAAAAAGAUAAUAAAAAAGACGAUGAACCUAAAUCAGAUA